GCCCGAGGUCCCUGUGUUCAUGGACGUGCCCGUGCCUUGCAUAGCUGCUGCGGCUGGCACCUGGGACCGUCCUGGCCCCUUCCGUUGAGCACUUGGUGCCCUGCAGCCUGGCGCAGACGUGAGCAGAGUCUGUGUGGGGUAGCCGGCGGGGGCUCACCUGCACCUCUGCCCCCACAGAGCACCUUCCACAGCGCACGGCUGGCCGCCGGGGCCGGGCUGCAGCUGGUGGACGCCGUGCUGACAGGAGCUGUGCACAAUGGGCUCACCCUGGUGAGGCCUCCUGGGCACCACAGCCAGAGGGCUGCCGCCAACGGAUUCUGCGUGUUCAAUAACGUGGCCAUCGCGGCCAGACAUGCCCAGCAGAAGCACGGGCUGCACAGGAUCCUCAUUGUUGACUGGGACAUCCACCACGGCCAGGGCACCCAGUACACCUUUGAGGACGACCCUAGCGUCCUCUACUUCUCCUGGCACCGUUAUGAGCACGGGCGCUUCUGGCCUUACCUGCAGGAGUCGGACGCAGUAGCUGUCGGGCAGGGGCGGGGCCGCGGCUUCACUGUCAAUCUGCCCUGGAACCAGGUGGGGAUGGGAAAUGCUGACUACCUGGCCGCCUUCCUGCACGUGCUGCUCCCCCUGGCUUUUGAGUUUGAUCCUGAGCUGGUGCUGGUCUCGGCAGGAUUUGACUCAGCGAUCGGGGACCCCGAGGGGCAGAUGCAGGCCACGCCAGAGUGCUUUGCCCACCUCACGCAGCUGCUGCGGGUGCUGGCCGGCGGCCGGGUCUGCACCAUGCUGGAGGGCGGUUACAACCUAGAGUCGCUGUCCGAGUCCGUGUGCAUGACCGUGCAGGCCCUGCUGGGGCUGCUGGGGGCCCCCGCCCCGCCCCUGCCAGGGCCCAUGGUGCCGCGUCGCAGCGCCCUGGAGUCCAUCCGGAGUGUCCGGGCAGCCCAGGUCCCUCACUGGACGAGCCUCCAGCAGCAUGAAGACUCGGCCCCCGUCCUCAGCCCCAGCACCCGCUCCCCAGAGGGGAGGCCCUCGCCUCUGCUGUCUGAGGGGCCCGAAUUCAAGGCUGCGGUGGCCCUGAGCUCCCUCCUGGACCAGCUGCACCUCCGCCCCAUGCCCCCUGUCCGCGCGGCUGUAGCUCUGACUUCGCAGGACGCUGCUCUGGCCCUGCCCCCUGAAGUCCCCCAUCAGGAGGGGUCAGCCCUGAAGGAGGAGACGCAGUCCUGGGCCAGCCUACACGAGGCCCUGGCCGAGGACGAGGCUGCCAGUGCACUUGGGAAGGUCCUGAACCUUUUGGAUAGGAUCUUGGAUGGGCAGGUGAGCAGCGGCAUCGCAGCCACCCCGGCCUCUGCUGCAGUUGCCACUCUGGAUGUGGCCAUUCGGUGGGGCCUUUCCCGGGGAGCUCAGAGGCUUCUCUGUGUGGCCGUGGGACAGCUGGAUCGGCCAUCGGACCUGGCAGAUGAUGGGAGGAACCUGUGGCUGAACAUCAGGGGCAAGGAGGCAGCCGCCCUGUCCAUGUUCCACGUCUCCAUGCCACUGCCCGGGACAGCUGGCGGGUUCCUGAACUUCCUCCUGGCCCUGGUGCUGCCCCUGGCCUAUAGCUUCCGGCCUGACCUGGUGCUGCUGGCACUGGGGCCGGACCAUGGCCUGCGGGACCCCCAGGCUGCGCUCCUGGCCUCACUGUUGCGGGCCCCAGCAGGGUGCCGAGUCUUGGCCCUUGUGGAUGAGGAAUCCACACCCCAGCUGGCAGGCGUCCUGGCCCAGGUGCUGCACGGGGAGGCACCCCCCAGCCUGGGCCCCUUAUGCGUGGCCUCCCCAGAGGACACGCAGGCCCUGAUGCACCUGCGGGGGCAGCUAGAGCCGCAGUGGAAGAUGCUGCAGGUGGCGGCUCCCGCUUGAGCGCUGUGACCCUGUGGCUCGAAAUCGGCCAGGGUGGGAGUAUGUACACCCGGAAGUGACACUACAAGACAGUCCCCCGAGAGCCGGUGGUUAGACAUUCGGCAGCGCACCGCUGCCUG